AUGGCACACUACGCUGGAGCCAAUCCAAUGGCUGGUGGUCAGGAGUCCUUAGACAGCUUCUUCGGCAUGGGCAAGAGCAUGUUCGAGCUGCUGCCGGGAUACGACUGCCCUGCAUAUGCCGACUACAUGGACACACGUUAUCACAUGCUAGACAAGUCCCAUGAGUUACCAAAUAGCAUCUGUGUCUUCGAGUAUACAGCUGAUCAUCUGUUGUCUCGUCACACGGCAGAGUACUCGGUCACUGCGUCAAGGAACACGUAUCUGGUCGUUCGGUCAGUCUCGACGGUGGGCAACUAUGAUUACGCGAUCGACUACAUCUUCUACAUGGACGGCACAAUCGAAGUGAAAGUGAGAGCCUCCGGCUUUAUCUUCGCAGCAUUCUAUCGCGCCAACAAGACAGCCGGCGAGGACGAGUAUGGUCAUCGCAUCGGCGAAGCAGUAUCUAGCAGUGUCCACGAUCAUGUCAUCAACUUCAAAGCAGAUCUCGACAUCGCAGGUCCUAAAAACGACAUGGUCAGGCUCGCACUGGAACCAAUAACGAGAACGUUCGACUGGGAUCUGCCUGAGAUCAAGGAGCGCAACACCAUGCACCUAGUGGAGUACCCAGUCACGGAGGAAAUUGGUCUCGACUGGCCAAAGAACGGCGGUGAGUUCUACAUAGUCUACAGCUCAGCCGAGAAGAACGCCUGGGGCGAGCGUAAGGGUUUUCGCAUCACUUCUGGCACAGGCAUGGGUGUCACACCUCACCUCACGAUCCUGAACUCGACCACUCUCGGCGACAGUGCUAGGUGGGCCGAACACGAUGUCUGGGUCCUACGCCAGAAAGAUACAGAACCCCGUUCAGCCGAUCCGCUGAACUAUCUUGAGCCGAACAAUCCUAUCAUCAACUUUAACAACAUGGCCGAUCACGAAAGUCUCCUCCAUAACGAGACUGACUCAACCCAUGAUGGAGACCUGGUCCCUUACUUCAACCUCGGAGCACACCACAUACCUCACAGUGGCGACGUGCCCAAUACCCUCAUGCAUACCUCAGCAAGCAGUGUCAUGUUCGUACCGCACAACUUCCACGACCGCGAUCCAAGCAGGGAGAGCGUACAGGGCGUGAGACUACAGCUCAAGGGCAAGAAGGAUAGCGGAGGGUUCGCCGGCGAUUUGAGGACGAGGUCCGAAAAGAAGGAGGCGAAGGCGAAGUAUUUUGGUGGUACAUAUGAGCAAGGGAUGAAGAUGCCCUUGGAGGCUCUGGAGCCGGAUGUGAAGGGGUAUAGGACGGAACAACAUGAGAUUACUGAUCUUGGGUUCAAUGGCAGUGCUGCUAGGGUGUGGGUGUGA